GUGCAAUCAAAAGUAAAUAGGCACUUGGCAACCAGAGGCUAGGACAUCUGCUAGGGCUGUAAUUAUGCCGAGAAACAGCCGGAAAAUCGGGAAAUAGAGCAAAAAAGUCAAAACUGUAUUCAAGACAACAUGUCUAGCGUGGAUAGUGGGAGAUCACAGCCGUCAAAGGUUGCAGAUCUUCAUAUAUUUGUUGUUCCUUUGGAUCUUUGGUUGGAUAAAUACAGAACUGCUUUCAAUAACGUUGCCUUAGAGUCGGUGUCUGCAGGAUUUGUGAGAGUCUUGCCGGAUAUAACACUUCGUAAUCUUAGAGGAUGUAUAGAAGAUCAAUUAGGAGACGAUAUUGUGCCCGAAGACUUCGUCUUCUUACGAAGUGUUGGACGCUGUAUGGCUGUUGUGAAAGAAAACCAAGAGAGUCUUCUGAAAGCUUCAGACUUUCUCCCUCCCAUUGCUUUCAGUCCUGAGAUCUUUUUGUUGCCUGGAUUACAUGAGACUCACAUGCGGCCUGCUUCUGAUGCUAACAGUGUGGUCAUUGCUACACAGGGCCAUACAACAGCUGGGAUGUCCUCAACACAGCCCUUACAUUUUCCACCAAUCAGUCAACCGUAUGGUAACCCUCUAUCUCAACCUAACUACGGCAUGGCUCCAAACAAUUAUGACAACAUAAACCCUCAGAACAUUCAACAGCAAGGUACAUUUGAGCGCCAAGACACUGAGGAAUCAUCAGGGAAGCUUAAUAGAGACACAGCUGACAGAAAGAAUGUGCAUUUUAGUGAAGCCCAACAAGAUGGAGGCUACAAUAGUUACAAUGGCAGUGAAGAGCACCGGAGUAGUGGUGAGAACCAGGAUUUGGGGCUGUCUCCACGUGACAUUGAGUAUGUUAAAAGCAAAAACCAGAAGAACAAAGCUAAGAAAACUGGGUCUGACUCUUCUGGGAGUAGCAGUAAUAUUCAGACGAGAAUGGUAAAGAUAGUACAGCCUGAGGUGAUACAGGCUUUAGCUAUCCCUGGGGCGGACUAUACGUCACCACCGACACCAAUUCCAUCAGGGAGAGUAAUAGCUUCCCCUGUACCAGGUCUUCGCAGGGAGGAAAACAAUGCUACAAAGAACAGGUUUAAACAUGAGGGAGACGAGAAUGAAAAAGAAAGACACGGAAAAAAGAAGGGUAAAAAGAAACGUCAGAGCAGGUCACGAUCACCUUCUGUAGAGAGACCCCCUAAGGAGUUAGAGCAAGCUCAAACUGAUCUGGGUGUAAUGCGAGAAGAUGACUAUGUUAUUCCCAGCAUAGAAGAUGUUGAAGAGAGAUCAAAGUUUGCACAAUUCCCAUCACCUGCUAAGAGCACUAGAUCAGAUUACGCUCACAGAGCUAGCUUGAGCCUUGGCACGGGUCCUGGUCAUGAUCAAGGUCUAUGUAAUUGGGCGGCAAAUCACCCGAAUGAGCUAAACGACUCUUUUGAUGACAACCCAAACAACAAACGGAACUCCUGUCCUCUAGCUAACCAAGGAUUGGGAGGCAUGGAUAACUAUUCUGAUAAAGACAAAAAUGGACGAGACGAUGAAGGCAUAGAUAAUAGUCAAGAGAGAGAUGACGGUCAGGGAAACAAACCAGACGUAACUGCAGAUAAAAGGGACAAGACCUUGGACCAAGAUGCGAAAAACGCUUCGAAAAAUGCCGACGCAAAGAAUGCCAAAAAGACCAAAAAGGCUGCAACCAAGAAACCUGCCAAAAAAGCGGAUGAUUUUGAACAGUCACUAAAGAUCCCGAAAGUCCCGGUCCCUCCGCCCUUACAGAUGCCAGACAUAGGUGAUGCCCCACUGGUGAAAGACACCUCGUCUGCCAAGGACCGUAAGCAGAAAGUGAUCGAGGAGCUGAGGGGAGAGCUACGUAGAGCGAAGAAUGAACGAGUGGAUCUGGAGAAACAACGCGAGCAAAAAGUUCGUCGAGCUAAGACCUUGCAAACGCAGACUAUGCAGAAACGCAACCAAUCCAAGAAUAUCUGGAAGAAGAAGUUUUUUGACGAAAAGCGAAAAACAGCUCCUUUAGAAGAACAAGUGAACCGUCUGAGAUACGAGACUGAGGUCCAACAUCAAGCGAUGCUUUCCUUCCUAGAAACCAAAAAGGAUCGCGAAGGUGGUGCAAAAGGAGGAAGCGAGCUUGACAAAACUCCUUCUCAAAAGUCCAACCAGCUCAUACUGCUCGCACGGCUUCAAAACGAAGUUGAGGAUUUGCGGCGAAAGGUGGAAGAAACGAAAAUGAUGCUGGCAUCGGAAAUGAAGUUACGGGACGCUGCUCAAAAUGAGCUGAAGCAACUCCGCGAGGAUCUGUUGGACAAGAAGAUCAACUUGACCCUCACAAAGAGUCAAAAGAGCCUGGCCACGCUAGGCAACCCGGAGAACAUUACCGCGUGACCAAAACUAACCAAUCACUCACAAGCAAGUUUUAAACUAACCAAUCACUGUCGAGGAGAUUUACUCUAACCAAUCAGUGGCAUGGAUAUGUAGCAAAGAUCAGUGCAUCAUGGGAGCGUAGUUUUAGGAACCGAUCAGCCAGUAGUUCGGCCAAUGAAAAAAGUACUUUUGUAGAUAGAUUUCAUUAAAAAAGCUUAUGUAUUUAUGAUAAUAGUAACUUAUCUUUUGUAUAAUAACGAAAAUCUGUGGUAGUUACUACUGUAUAUAAAUAUCCAAAAAUAUGGACCUAGUAACUGUAACCUUAGCAUUGAAGCUUCAUGUAUAAUGUAUUCGGGAAAUCACAUAUCGAACGAGAAUAAAUACGAGUCUCAUAUUAUUAUGAA